ACGAAUGGAUGGAUGGACGGACGGACGGACUAAGCGCGACUAUUCUCUCACCCACACGCUCCAUUUUCUCACCUGGAUAGGUAUUGUGCCAGCCGUGUGAACCAAUUGAACCGCGUCAGAAGGGGCUCUUCUCUGGGCUCCUCAAUGGUCGGCCAGCAGGUGCCCGGACUAUGAUGGACUCUAGCUAUGGACUGUGGCGCCUACCCAGCCCCUUUCCCUCAGCUCGCGCCCAUAAGAACAAAUUCAUCACUAUCCAACCACAAGAGAGAUACUAGUCGUGUAUACCAGGUACCAUUUCAACCUGGUGGGACUCGACCCGUCCGGAUCGUCAUCUACGUAGUCCACAAGUAGUUGUUGAAGUGGGCCCGAAGAGUUCUCACGCAAAUGGUGUACGUACGACCAGCUCAUACCAUAUACAGUCAAAAGAGAGAAUAUGAGAACCGAGAACCGGCUGCCUGUUGGCCACUCAGUUGGCUUUGAAGUGUGAGAGCUUGACUCUAGUUCAAUAGCUAUUGAACUGCCCGUAGCAUGGGGUGAUGGUGGUAUGGAUGGAUGAUGACGAGAAGAUCCUUUACCUGGCGGAAUAAAGACGGCUUAGUCGUACUCGUACCCCACCGCAUGUUCUCCAGAACGUUCAUUUUAGAACAAAUGCACGAACAAUACGGACUUGCAUGCCGUUGGCCCACCAUCACUGUACCCACCACCACCUCCACCUCCACCAUAACCAUCACCAGAGCGGCGGUCUCUCUCAGUGCUUUGAAAAUGCUCCUUAGAGUAGCUUAACACCUUCCUGGGCCAACCAAACGCGACUCAGCCAAAAGUGAAGUGAAGAAAACUGUUCAAUCUAAACAAACUCAUAAAGAAUAUCGACGACAAGCCAUGUUGGCUGUUUUCAGUGACUAGUGUACUCGUUCUUGCGCCCAAAUUGAUUGUCUCCAUCAUGGUUUUGACGACCAGCCUCUCGCCCAAACAUUCCUCAGUUCUACCACCUCAGCGUGGAACCACGUUACCUCCGAAUCUCACGUUGAAUGAUGAACCUCAGAAUAACCAUUCUCACCCCAAAGCCACUCGGUCUCACACGCUACCCAACCACCGGGUGGUACAGGCUCUAAACAAAUUCAAUAAGCAACAGCUAAACCUUCAAAGUGCUGGAGAUUUCCCUCUGGUCUCGAGAAAUACGCCCACCUCCCUCAGCAUCCUGUCUUUGCCUAACUCGGACAAUGAAGCCCUUAACUUUGAAAACAGUGCCCUCCACUUGACGGAAGAUGCCAUUCACCUCAGUUUAUCAUCAACCCCCAGUCCCAUCGGAGCCGUGACACCGGUGGAUGAAGCCUCAUCUCCCAGACUGUCACCACAAAAAUUCGAACUGGACUAUCACCUAGCAUAUCGUGAAGGCGCUUUGGCUCGUGGAGUGGCGGGCAAUGUCGGCAUCAUGGACAGUUUCCUGGGAUGUUUCAAACCUUUUGUGAACUUCAUAGGCAAAACCAAGCCAGCAGAGCUUGAAGACCAGAGCGAUAAUUGGGAGAUCCCUUUCGAGUCUAUAUCUGAUUUGGAAUGGUUGGGCUCAGGUGCCCAAGGAGCCGUCUUUGUGGGACGUUGGAAAACCGAACUAGUGGCUGUGAAGAAGGUCAAAGAGGUGGCCGAGACGAAUAUUCAUCAUCUUAGGAAGCUCAAUCAUCCAAAUAUUGUGCAAUUUCGAGGUGUUUCUACGCAGAACCCAUGCUAUUGUAUCAUUAUGGAAUAUUGCCCGCAUGGGCCUCUGUUCAACUUCCUUCGUGAAGAAAAGGACCGAGUUCCUCCCAAACGCUUGGUCGAUUGGACGCGACAAGUGGCCUCCGGGAUGAAAUAUCUUCACGAUCACAAAAUCAUACAUCGCGACCUUAAAAGUCCAAAUAUCUUAAUUGGACGGAACGAAAUCAUCAAAAUCAGCGAUUUUGGAACAUCUCGAGCUUGGGGUGGAGAUCAGUCCACGUGCAUGAGUUUUGCCGGCACCGUAGCCUGGAUGGCACCCGAGGUGAUCCGAAAUGAGCCUUGUAACGAGAAAGUGGACAUUUGGAGCUUUGGCGUUUGUUUGUGGGAGCUCCUCACUUGUGAAAUCCCCUACAAGAACGUUGAUAGCUCAGCCAUUAUUUGGGGAGUGGGGAGCAACUCGCUGCAGCUCCCUGUUCCCUCCAGUUGUCCAGACGGAUUUAAGCUUCUGGUGAAACAAUGCUGGGCCCCUAAACCCAGGAAUCGUCCUUCGUUUAAACACAUCCUGAUGCACUUGGACAUCGCUGCGGUUGAAAUCCUUAGCUUUAAGCAAGAAGACUACUUCCGAACGCAGCAAUCCUGGAAACGUGAGGUAUGGGAACACAACGAGCGAAUGAAGGGCGAAGAUGUAAGCAUGCCCAUCGUGGGUCAAGACGCCUUGGUCAAGAAAAGAAAGCAAGAGCUGAAGCAUGCUCAAGAUGUCAAAGAGCUUUACGAGAGAAAACUGAAGAAAGUCAACGACCUCUACAUGGAGCUUUCAGCGUGGAAGCUUCGAUUGGAGGAAGCCGAACGUAACCUUGCCCGGCGGGAGCGUCAAAUCAAUAACCACGGGUCUAAGGCGCAUUACAAAAAGAAACAUAAGCCCUUUUCUAUGAAAACCCCCGACCGUUUUCAUAAACGACCCAGCCGAAGUCUGUCCACCAAUAGGAGCCGAAAGUCCAGUCCUUCCACGCCAGAGGUCUUAUCAACCAGCCCAGAAUCACCAUUCAAGAUCCCUCCACCUACUAUGCUUCUGGGUCAUCAAUAUCCAAACCCGUGUUCAACUCAUCAUUUGGGGUCAAUGGACGGGUGCGAUCCUUCCAUUGUGGUAAGAGAGAACCCCAUGAACUUGAUCUCACUCACGACACACCUUGAAUCUAACUUGUGCACACAAACUACUGCAACUCUCAACUCAGCAUCGGUGACAGGGGCAGUCGGGAUUGAUUGGUCUCGGGUAAAGCGGGUUGAAAAUGGCAACUUCACAAUCUUGGAACCGAUGAAUCCAAGAUCUCUUCCGCAUGAUGCCAUGGUUACCAAAAUGAACAAGAACUUGGUCAAUGACGACACCAAGCAAUACCAUCCGACAGCUGAAAAGUUGAAGGUGCGCAGACCUCGACAUCGGAGAUCAGGGAGCCAUGGAUCUAGCAACUUCAAUUCCCUAACUGGACCCUCCCCGCAGAAUAGCCCACAUGGAGAACGACGCACCUCAUGUUAUGCCAGCCCAAGACUCUCACAUCGAUCUCCAUCCGUUCAAUCUGACCUAGUGGAUGGCAUAGCGACUCCGAAUUUGGGCCUCGUACCUUCCCCGCUCAGUCUUCCUGGCAAUAACGCCAAUUGCCCUGUGGAUCAAUCUGACACAAGCUCAAAUCCCAAUCAGAAGCAGAAGCAGGACGAGAAUCAAAAUCCACUUGCUCAAAAGCAGCCCCUGUCUGUUGCCAGAUUCGAGACGUCCUCCAGCGAAGAGGAUGACCAUUGCCAGGCGGUACCUGAUUUCUUGGCCAACGAUGAGCUUCUCCAGUCCCUGGAUCCACGUGUUAUGGAAAUGAUAACCAAUGGUGAAUCAGUGGAUAUGCAUCUGACCCAGGCCAACACAUACAAUCCCUUGUCUUUGAACUACGAGUACUCGACUCGCAUUUCUCCGGAUCGGCCACGAGUAAGGCAAUUUGUUGACUCCCAAGAGAACAAUAACUUAGCUCUGAGAAAUGACGUGGUCCGAUUCGAUGAUGAGGAGGCGCGGCGAGAAAGCACCGAUUCGGGUGAAGACAACGAAGAGCAACCUUCUGGUGAAAGAGAAGUGGGCCGGGGGCGGGAGAGCGGCAACGAUUCAGAUCUUGACAAUCCUCGUUUUAUGCUCAGGCGAAGGAGCACCAUCCGGAGGCCUAUUCGUGCCAAACACGCUCACUCCGUUGUGUCAAUGCAAUCCAUAUCCACCAUCAGCUCCGGAGAAGGCAACUUAACGGAAUAUCCGUGUUCAAGUCAAAGAUCAACCUUAGAGAGUAAUCAAGACAUAGUUGAAAGACUUGAAGCCAUGAACACCAGGUUUGAUUUUGAUUCAGUAGGCGCUGCCCAACCUCGGACCUCGACCAACUGCCAGUCAGAAGAAGGCCCAUCUGCUCACAUUUUGCAUCAAUACCAAGUACCCGAACUAAUUGACGACCAAGAUGAAGACGGUUCUGAUGACAAUACAUUACAAAACGACCUCUCCAUAGUGGACGUGCCAAAUGCAAAUCUCCUACCAUCCAUGACCAGUAUUCUAGAAUAG